AUUUAUUUAAUAUAGUAGAUUGCUUUGUAAAUGCUUUGUACAUAAUAAUUAUAAGAAGAGUCUAAUUAUUCACUCGGGAUAUUUAUAUAAUUUUACCACAGACGUAGGAACAAAAAUUCCUAUCUUUAUAAGCUUAAAUAUGGUAGUCAUUAAUUGGCAAAAAAAGUUCUUAUAAAAGUUUCGUAGGACAGAAUUAUCUGCUUUCGAAAUCUGCGCUUUUGACUGGUAGCGCUAUUCGUGGCGAAACGCUCAAACUGGUAGACAAAUGUUACCGAUGUGAGAGUGGCAUCCUUGCCCUAGGGUCUUAUUUGCAUUAUUCUGACUUUCCCAUCUCAGUGUAAUAUCUAAUUUCAGGUGGAAUUUUCGCGCGAAGUAACUAUUGUAGAAGAUGUGUAAUAUUUAAAAUGUUCCAACUGAGAAUGAAGAAAAUUGAUCCGACGUCGAAAAAGAAUGACUCAGUUCACAGCACAAAGCAAUCUCAAAAGAAAAUAUCAUUAUAUUUUGCAAAGGCUUCUAAAGAUGAUGCAUCAAAAAAGAAUGGUACUCUGACAAUUGAUAAUUAUAAACAAAAAAACAAUUUAUCCACAGGAGCAUCAUCUACAAAAAGAAAGGUAACAGAAGACUCAAAAUUGGAAGAAAAUCAGCCAAAGAUUGUUAAGUAUGACAGUGUAAUUGAUGUGCAGAAAUCAAGGAAAGUGCAAGAACCAAUUGAUGAGUCUGACAUAAUUUAUGAUAAUAUGUUCUGUGAUAAAGUAGAAGGCAUUGAAGAUGCAUCUCCUAAGGAAAAUAUAAUCAAUGCGGAAUAUAAGGAAAAUUUAUGCUCAGGUGGCUGUGAAACUGCAUCAUGUAAAACAAACGGAGAGAUUAUACAAUCACAAAGGCAUGAUAAUGCAUUAUUAAUCAUUGAUGACAAUAAUUUUAUCAAUACUUAUAUAAGAGAUAAUAAUAAAGAUGCCAUAAAAAAUGCUGAUGCAUACAGUGAUGAUAAACAGUUAGAUGAAUUAGAAAAAUGUUAUGAUAAGUCUGAUUCUGUGUUAGAAACAUGUAUUAUAGAUGAUUUUAAUGAUUGCUUUGAGGAAGAAUGGUCUCCAGUUAGUCAACUAAAUUUUAAUUCUUUGCAGAGAUGUAAAGUCACUCAUAUAGAAAGAAGAUGUAAUGAUCUAUCGUUAACUGUGGAAGAUGAAGAAGAUUCUGCACUUAGUGAUACUGUUUUGUGUUCAGGUUUUUGGAAGGACGCAAAGCUAGAAGAAAAUGAUAUUGUUGCUAUACAAGCAAGGAAAGAAAACUCACAUUGGGUUGUGGAUAAUAAUAGUGGCUUUCUUGUUGUCCAUCCAGAUGUAUUGAUAUCUGGAACAACAAUAGUUGGAGCCUUAUUUUGCAGUAGAAAAGCAGUAUUAGCAGAGAAAUUUAGGAAGCUAGAAACACUGCCAUUUUUUAAAGGUGAUCAAACAGCUUUAGUUGUAGGAAGCUUAGCCCAUCAGUUAUUGCAAAAGGCGAUGAGUAGAAAUAUUUGUCAGAUAUCGGAUAUUAGAAAGUUAAUGGAUAGUAUAUUACAAUCCAAAGAAACAACUGAUACGCUUUAUGCAUCAGAAAUUGAAUUCAAUAGAUGUAAGGAACAAAUGUUAACACUUGUACCACGUAUAUCUGAAUUUAUUCAACACUAUCUAAAAGAUAAAAAACAACAAGAAAUAAGUAGUAGAAAAGAUAAUUUCAAAGGAAAGAUCACUCAUAUAUAUGAUAUAGAGGAAAAUAUUUGGCUUCCUAAGUUAGGUAUGAAAGGUAAAGUGGAUGCCACGGUAGAAGUUAGUUUAAAUUCAAAUAGAAGAAUCAUGCCUCUUGAAAUAAAGACUGGUAAACCUUCAUUUUCAUUAGAACAUAGGGGUCAAAUUAUUUUGUAUAUUAUGAUGAUGGCUCUUACGGGUCAAGAUACAGAUACAGGCCUGCUGUUGUAUCUCAGGGAAAACAAUAUGCAAGAAAUCAAGGGUGUACAUCCUGAAAAAAGAGACUUGGUAUUAUUAAGAAAUACUUUAGCUAAUUACUUUGCUCCCAAAUCAGUAGAAAAGUUGUCAAAUUUUGCUUCCGAAUCAAACGGGCAAACAUUAGAAUUACCAGAACCAAUCAAUCAUCACAGUGCUUGUUCGAAAUGCUCUUACAAUGCAUUGUGCUGCGCAUAUUUAAACAGAGAUACGGGACUGCAAUUAUCUGAAUCGCAUCCGUUAACGAAACUUGGCAGAGAAAUUUUAAACAAAAUCAGCAGUGCUCAUAUCGACUAUCUCAUGAAAUGGGUCUCGUUGUUACAAAUAGAGGAGACAGCUCAAUCCUCUGGUGUUAUAAUAAAACAUAUGUGGAUGAUAAGUCCAGAAAAAAGGGAGGCGAAGAAAACUUGCAUUUCCAACUUGAAAGUAAUAGGAAAAGUCGUUGAAUACGAUUCCAAGUAUCAACAUACAUUAGUUCGUGCAAAUUCGAGUAAAAAUCACUCUAACAUCGCUGUCCUGUCCAUGGAGUUCACCGAAAACGAGUACAUUUUAGUGAGCACAAACAAAAGAAUAAACAUAUCAGCAGGAUUCAUAGUGAACAUAAAAGAAGACUCUGUGACUGUUUUAUUAGAUAGGGACAUCACUAAGUACAACAUCGACGAAUUCUUUCAUAUAGAUAAAUAUUCAUCGUCCGGCUUAUUCUCUUUUAAUCUUGCCAAUGUGGGUGGGUUGAUGAGUGACAAUGAAGUAUGUGAAAAAUUACGAAACAUUGUGAUAGAUAAGAAACCAGCGACGUUCGUGAAAGAAUUGCCGCAUUCUAUCACAUUCAAAUCCGCGCCUUUACUGAAAGGAUUAAACGAGAAUCAACAAAGAGCAGUUUUGAAGGCAAUGACCGCCAAUGACUAUAUUUUAAUUAAGGGAAUGCCUGGUACAGGCAAAACGCAAACUCUAGUAGCAUUGAUACAGCUGUUACACGCAACAGGACAUUCUGUUUUAAUUACAGCUCACACGAAUAGCGCCGUGGAUAAUAUCUUAUUAAGACUUCUGAACAAAGGUAUUGACUUCCUACGAUUGGGUUCAUCUAUUUAUUCAUCGUUGAAGCACGCGAGCGAAACGUAUGCAACUGCCAACUGCGAUUCACCUGAAAGUUUAGAAAAAGUGUAUUCCUCUAAAAAUGUUGUAGGUGUUACUUGUUACGGUGCCCAUCAUGCACUUCUGGGUAAACGAACGUUCGACGUAUGCGUUGUGGAUGAAAGUGCUCAAGCGUUGCAGCCAGCAGUAUUAAGACCUUUGUACAGUGCACGUAAAUUUGUUCUCGUGGGAGAUCCUGAUCAACUUCCACCUAUCAUUAAAAGUAAAGUGGCCAGGAAAUUGGGUGCAGACGAAUCUCUGUUCGCUCGAUUAGACAGUGACAAUAAUACUGUAAAGUUAACAAAACAGUAUAGAAUGAAUAAAGAUAUUAUGCGUUUAGCGAACAAAUUAACGUACAAUGACAUGUUAGAAGCAGGAAAUACGUUAAUUGAAAAUGCUACAUUGAACGCCACACAUAUCAACAAUCUACUAAAACAAGAGAGGUGGAUACAAAAGGUGCUAUCGCAAGAUAUAAAUGAUUCUGUAAUUAUUUUGAAUACAGGGUGUAUUAACGACUUGAAAACACCUUUUGAAAGUAACGAUAAAUAUUCGAAAAUAAAUCAGAAAUGUUCUAAUAUAUGGGAAGCUGCCAUAAUCUCCAAACUAUUAAAGACUAUGUUAGAGGUAGGUGUGAAACUCCAGAAUGUAGGAGUAAUUGCACCGUACAGAGCGCAUGUUAGUUUAUUGAAAGAAAUUGUUAAUAAAGAUGUCGAAGUGAAUACGGUUGAUCAAUACCAAGGACGUGACAAGGAUAUUAUAAUAUACUCUUGUGCGCGAAGUUUAUCCGAUAACAGUGACAUAAAAGAGGACCUUGAAAUAUUGGGGGAUCAUAGAAGAUUAACCGUAGCCAUAACGAGGGCGAAGCAUAAAUUAAUUGUCGUCGUGGAUAAAUAUACUCUAUCGAAGUACACAGCGUUCAAAAAAUUAUUUAACUUGGUCGAAGAAAAAAAUAUAAUAAAUUUGUGCGAUGGGCAAAACGACUUUUCAUGGAAAAGCUUGAUGUCUUUAUUAUAACAAUAUUGUGUUCAUACAUUUUUCAGGUAUUUUUUUAUUAUAAUGUUAUAUACACAGUCUCUUUGAUGUACUAUAUGGAUUGAAACGUUAUACAACAAAAUAAAACUUCAUUUUUAUAUUAAUUGUUACAGUCU